CUUACACACAGCCUGAGGAACCUUCUACACUCAGAGAGAAGUUUAACUCCAGAGCUAUGAGUGAUAUCACAGAAACAACAGCACUGACCCGACCCUUAACAUCCUCCAAACGGCACAAGAGCAUGAGGAAAAGCAGCAGGAGGAUUUACUCACCUUACCAGGACAACACAGGACCUUCCGAUGAUGAGGAUAAGGACGAAGAGCGAGUGGACAGUAACGACCCAGAAGAGUUGUUCCAGAACAUUCAGGUGCAGAAGGAGCUCAUCGCCAACAUCCGAACGCGACCGUGGCCAAUGCGGCGCAAACUCAAAGUCUUAAAGCAGGCCAGAGAGAUUGUGUUAAAGUAUGAAGGCAGACUGACCAGGACUCGAGGCUACCAGGCUGCGGGGGCAGAUCUGCUGAAGAAGAUUUCAAGAGUUCUAUACAAUAUACUGGUGUUAUUCAUCCCCUGGGAAGUGAGGAUUAAAAAGAUUGAAAGUCACUUUGGAUCCGGUGUGGCCUCCUACUUUAUUUUCCUGCGAUGGCUUUUCGGCAUUAAUAUUGUCCUCACCAUAAUGACCGGAGCAUUCAUCGUUCUGCCUGAGCUGCUGGCCGGCGCUCCAUUUGGCACCACACGCAGUAAGACCAUCCCUAAAGACCAGAUCUCCUCUGCUCAGGACCUGGACACCAUUUGGUCACUCGGGGGCUACCUGCAGUACUCCGUGCUUUUCUACGGUUACUAUGGUAACGUGCGCAAAAUCGGCAGCGCCGGCUAUCGUCUGCCCCUGGCCUAUUUUCUGGUUGGAAUGGCUGUUUUUGCCUACAGUUUCAUCACUCUGUUAAGAAAAAUGGCAAAAAACUCGCAGCUGAGUUUAGCCAGUGCAUCUGAUGAGAACUACACCUUCUGCUGGAGGAUCUUCUGUGCCUGGGACUACCUGAUCGGCAACCCUGAGGCGGCCGAGAGCAAAGGAGCGGCCAUCGUUAAUAACAUCAGGGAGGCCAUUGUGGAAGAGCAGGAGAAGAAGAAGGACACCAGCCUGGCGGUUCUGAUCAGCCUGCGGAUCCUGGCCAACAUCCUGGUCCUGCUGUCUCUGGCAGGCAGCAUCUACAUCAUCUACUUUGUAGUGGACCGAUCCCAGAAGCUGGAGCAGCAGAAAGCAGAGCUAACGCUGUGGGAGAAGAACGAGGUGAGUGUGGUGGUCUCCCUCAUUACUAUGAUUGCUCCGUCUGCCUUUGAGCUAGUGGCUCAGCUGGAGAUGUACCACCCCAGGACCAGCCUCCGCUUCCAGCUGGCCAGGGUGCUGGUGUUGUACCUUGGAAACCUCUACAGUCUGAUCAUUGCCCUGUUGGAUAAAGUGAACAGCAUGAGCUCUGGUACUCCAGGAAACUGGUCCGACUCCACAUCUUAUCUGGCCACCAUCUCCCAGCCUGCUGAGAUCAACCUGUCCACUGUUGUACCUGAGAUUACAGAGGGGAGGAACGCUACCCUCACUACCACCAUCGCAGACCUCAACCGAACCAUAAUCACCAUCAAGAGAGGUUUAUUAUCUGGACUGCCAGCGCCAGCACUGACCCCAGUGAACCAGUCCACCUCAUAUGAGUACAACACCAAAACCCAGCAGGAUCAAUGCUGGGAGACGUACGUUGGCCAGGAAAUGCUAAAGCUUUCAAUCAUUGACAUGAUCUUCACUGUGGCAAGUAUUUUACUGAUCGAUUUCAUUCGGGGCCUGGUGGUCCGAUACCUGAGUGACUGCUGCUGCUGGGAUCUGGAAAGCAAGUUUCCUGAAUAUGGUGAAUUCAAGAUAGCUGAAAAUGUCCUCCAUCUAAUUUACAACCAGGGAAUGAUAUGGAUGGGGGCAUUUUUCUCACCCUGCCUGCCUGCCUUCAAUGUCCUGAAGCUGAUUGGGCUCAUGUAUCUGAGGAGCUGGGCCGUGCUCACCUGUAAUGUGCCACAUCAGCAGGUCUUCCGUGCCUCUAGAUCCAACAAUUUCUACCUGGCUAUGCUCCUCUUCAUGCUCUUUCUCUGCAUGCUGCCGACCAUCUUUGCGAUAGUGAGGUACAGGCCGUCCCAGCACUGCGGACCUUUUAGUGGUCAAGAGAAGAUUUAUGACAUCAUAUCAGAAACCAUAGACAAUGACUUCCCGCUGUGGUUCAGUAAGGCCAUGAGUUACGUCACCAGUCCGGUGGUGGUCCUGCCUGCCCUCCUGCUGCUGUUUAUGUUGAUCUACUACCUGCAGGCCAUCGCCAGAUCACUCAAAUUCACCAACAACCAGCUGAGAAUUCAGCUUCAGAACGAACGCACAGAAGACAAGAAGAAAGUGUUUCAGUUGGCUGCAGCUCGUCUCCAGCCACCUGAAGGUGGUGACAAAAAGCCCGAACAGGAGAGUGACAUCACCAGCAUGGAGUCCCCGGCUCGCUCCACUUCUCCUCCACGCCGCAAUGGCACCGUUACCAACUUCCAGUCACCGGUUCGCCGCGGCAACAGUAUCCGCACCAUCACCCAGUCUGCCUCUCGGGCUGACGUCAGGACCACUGGAGCCACACGGAGCCCCUCCGUCCCUGUCCGACCCAAACCCAGACUGGAGCACAUCCCCAACAGGCAUCCAGGUUAUCUGGGUGGAAUGAGUGGCUCCCACGGUUCCAAAUCAUAUCACCAAAUGGCCUACAAUCCGUCCAUGCGCUACACUGAAAACAUCCACUCCGACCCGCUGUUCAGGAAGAACCUCAGGCCUGUCCGCCCUGAGCCCGGCAUCAUCACAUCCCAGAGCUACAUGGGCCGGCGUGCACACACCACCCGCUACGUCAUCGUCAAUGAGCACGAACCGCGCAAGAAGCUAAUGCGCUCCACCACUCGCAUCCCGAGGCACUACUGUCUGGUGGACGAACCUGAGAUAGUGGAGCUUUACCCUCGAAACAUCAAACGCUACAUCCCUCGCACGCCCCACCGGAGCCAGCAGCCGCACCUCAGCGAGGAAGAAGAAGAGGAGGAAGAGGAGGAAGCAAAGAAUGGAGGAAGAAGAGGGUCAUUCGGGCAGUCCCACAGGCCGAGGUCACUUUCCGACCUCCAUCAGCCUGCACGCUUUUACAUCGGAGACACCUUGGAGAGCCGCCUGGCGCAAAGCGUAUAUGGAGAAGAAGAGGAAGAAGACUGCGGCGGAGAAUGGGAGGAGAAAAGUUCUCGUCCGAAAAGCUCCCGCAUGAACCUCAAAGUUGCAGAGACGGCCCACCGGCACGGAGAACCUCACGUCAAGCCGAAAAGCAAGCGUAAGGGGGAACCGUCGCUAACGGAAUCCGAUUCAGCCUCGUUAGCGUCCAGCAGCGACCAGCAGAACAGCAGCACUGACCAGUAUAUCCAGGUCAUCCACAACAAGGAGAAAUACCUGAAGCACAGCACUAAGUUAACUAAAAAGAAGUCCAAAACUAGUGGUGAAGUGAAUGCAUCUGGAUCGAAUGAUCUCGUGUGCUCAAAUGUUUGAUUCGACUGUCAUUACUUAAUAAUAAGUUACUGGAGCCUUAGAAGUCGUAGUGAUCAGUUAGCAUGCUGUGAUUUUAUAUGAAUUAUUUCUGAUUCAUAGCUCUUUUAAACACAGGGAGAAAUUCUGUGGGAAGUGCAGAUUCUAAACUUUCAAUCCAUACCACAUUUGUGUUUGCAGUGACAGGAGAAGAUAUUUUAUUAUGAUUUGAAUUUGAUGAAAAAGUCAGAGACCACCCUUCUUUUAUUUCAUUUCCAGCUAAAAUGCCUAUUAGGUUAUUCAUUUUUUAGGAGAUAUUACGGAGGAGAUUAGGUAUAAAGUAAUCCACCUGCAUAAGGAAGAGACAGUCAAAGGAAAAUAAGUAAAAAAAAACAAAAAAAAAAACGGAGAGUUCUAAAAGUGAUUAACAGCUACAGAGAAAUUGAGACUCCUAACAACCACCUGGAAGACCUGGUAGACACCAAAACUGUCCCGAUCAGAUAAACAGCACUUAAAGCUUUCAUCUGUGAGAGAGAGGAGAAAAUCAAGCUGCUUCAGAUCUGAA